AUGGCUGUUGCUGCAUUUUCUAGUGAUGCUUCUGUAUUGGUUGUUGCUGCAGAAACUGUCAUCAUAUUGUGGGACCCUGAGAAAAACAUACUCGUGGUUGUAAUUGGGUCUUCUCUUAGAGUGGUCUAUAAUAGAAACAAACCUUAUGAUGCAACACUUUUCCAUACAUAUACAAACAUCUUAUUCCAAAUUUCUUGCAUCUACAUCGUGAGCUGGUUCAAAUCCACAACUUUCCGUUUGGAGUAUGUCAAAGUUGGCGUUAUCCUGGUUAUACAAGCUUCAUAUAGAAGAGAGGCCUCCAAAUAUGAAGAAAGCUCCUACUUGAGGAUACUUUUGGACAGCAGAGAUGCGUCAAGGUUGUGA